UAAUCAUCAGCGGAAGCAGCUAGUGCUGAGUCGCGGCAUAUGAAGACAAGACACGUUGGAAAUACCGCGACGCGAUUGCGAGCGAAGAACACUCAUAUCUGCUACACUGCAAGAGUAGCAGCUCUGGAUAAGGACUUGGAAGUUAUCAGUAAACAGAGCAUGUCUGGCCAGCACAUUGGCAUUAGCCGGGAUAGAAAUAGAGUUCAACGCUGCAGGCUACCAGAGACUGCCUGCAUCGGGAAAUCUGUCCUGAACGACAUGAGCGUCGCUGUGCUAUAGACUAUAGUAGUAAUAGUACACGUUGCGUGCAUGCUUUAAGUAGGUAGGUAGCCUGCCUUGAGGUGGGACGGUAUCAACCUACUGUGAUUUCUGAGUAUAGCACAUCCAUCCCUUGAGUCACAUGCAGCUUGACAAGCUCAUCUCCUCGACAGAAGUCGCCAAAUCCCGCCCUUGUUCCUCAGCAACAAGAGAUAAUAAACAGCUCCCCAUGCAAACCCUCCCAAAUGCGCAUCAUGUCCAAUCUUAUCACCUUUAUCGAUCAUAUACGCAUCCACAGCCGCAACCAACCCAGUCGCCACAUAUAAUGGCAUAGGCAUAGGCAUGGGAAAGAUCACCACUUGUAUCGUAGGUCUCAAACAUGUAGCGACAGCUGCAGCGGCCAUGACGAUUCCGCUCGCUCCCAAUCCCGUUUCGCGGAUGAUUGCGUUGCCAGAGAAUCUGGAUUGUAGGUCCCGCUUCUUUUCCCUCUGCUUAGUCUUCCGGCGUCGAUGCGUGAUGAACGCUGCUGAUGCGGCGAUAGAACUUGUUAUUGCUAGGCCGUAGAUGUGUAGUGCGCCGAUACCGGGUACGCUGGCGAGUAAACCUCCGUAUGUGAAGAGGGCAAACAUGUUGAAUGCAAAAUGUGGUAAUUCCUUGUGGCUGAAAGCGCUGGUGACAUAUGUGUAGUAUCUGCCUGCGGCUAGAUUGUGCUCCGAGAGAGUUGCAUGCUCCUCUAGUUGUCUGAGGAGUUCGGUGUCUCUACUGCCGCGUGCAUAUGUCCAUGCUCCGAACACUCCGCCAUUGAAGAAAAGGAGCGUACCCACUGCCCAUUUGGCGGAUCUGUAAGACGCUUGGGCAUUGAAGAGGCUACUGUCAUUGAAUGCUCUGCGGAAUGACAUGACUGCUGAUGUAUUCGCCCGUUGUGAAAAAGGCGUGGGACGUGUGAUUGUAAGCUUCCUUAGUGCUGGCUUGCUUGAUGGAUUUGUCUGGAACCUGCGGCAAGUUGUGGUGAAAUUUACUGGAGUACAAGCUGAUAAUCCGUGCCGUAUCAAUCGUAGCAUAGCUUUCAAAGAGAGCAGUCCUGAUAUCGUCCCACAGGAUGAAGUACAACUGUGGAAGUGAAUACACAGCACAGAAUGCCGAAAACCAAGUAAAGUGAGCACCCAAACGAUGAAAACCCGUAAAUCGGAGAUGGUGUUGGAUGAGGGAUUGUUGAUGUCCAGACGUGCUACUGUACAUGGACCUGGUUGAAUUUGGUCGAAUUUGGUUGAAGUUGGUGCCUGAGGAUGAUCAGGACCAUUGGACCUCACUUUGGACACAGCUCGAAGGCCUCGAGCUUCUCCCAGACAACAGUCUACAACAAUCCCAACAUCAACGCAACGCACACCGCCCACGGCAAGUCAAGACGCGACGCCAGAGCCAUACGCACGACUCCACCACCACGACCACAACCACCCACCACACUUUGCCCCUCUGCUGCUUCGCACUGUGUCAAUAUUGCUUAAGCACACCGAAGUCCUGACGAUUCUCGAAGUCCCCCCAUCCGGUAGUUCAGUUCGGAACAUACCACCAGCGGCGCUUUCAGAACUAGGAGCGGGUGCUGCCACCCUCUACUACCUGCUGUGCGACGAACUAAAGACCCGAUCCCAAAGGCUCGAAUAACAACACUCUCCCCAGCUGAGCAGACCUACCCACGCGAGCCACCGAUCUUGGGCUCACCCGCGACCAACGCGAAACACCACUCCGCAGUGCACUGGCACUUCCAUAAUUCUCACUUCCUCUCACAAUGGCGAGUGAGCUAGCAAAUAAGCUGGGGCAGACAACGUUGAAUGACGCGGAGACUGUUGGUGGAGACUGGCGGUCAGGGCUGAAGGCGCCUCCGAAAGAUGGCAGGCAGCAGACAGAGGAUGUCACGGCAACAAAAGGCUUGGACUUUGAAGAGUUCUACCUGAAGCGCGAGCUGUUGAUGGGUAUCUACGAAGCAGGGUUCGAGAAACCUUCACCCAUCCAAGAAGAGACGAUUCCAGUCGCACUAUCUGGCCGAGACAUUCUUGCACGUGCGAAGAACGGCACAGGCAAGACGGCCGCCUUCGUCAUUCCUACUCUUGAACGCAUCAACCCGAAAGUCGACAAAAUUCAGGCACUCCUCCUUGUGCCCACGCGAGAAUUGGCCCUGCAGACAUCGCAAGUAUGCAAGACCCUCGGUAAGCAUCUGGGCAUCAACGUCAUGGUCACCACCGGAGGUACUGGUCUACGAGACGACAUCAUUCGAUUGAACGAGCCUGUGCACAUAGUGGUCGGAACACCAGGACGAAUUCUGGACUUGGCGGGCAAAGGUGUCGCCGAUUUGUCCGAAGCAAAGACCUUCGUCAUGGAUGAGGCUGAUAAGCUUCUUUCGCCUGAAUUUACUGUAACGAUUGAGCAACUGCUGAAGUUUCACCCCAAAGACAGGCAGGUCAUGCUCUUCUCCGCCACCUUUCCAGUGGUGGUCAAGGAGUUCAAGGACAGGCAUAUGAAUGACCCUCACGAGAUCAACUUGAUGGAUGAGCUUACGCUGCGCGGUAUCACGCAGUACUACGCUUUUGUGGAGGAAAAGCAAAAAGUGCAUUGCCUCAACACUUUGUUCAGUCGACUCCAGAUUAACCAGUCGAUCAUCUUCUGCAACAGCACCACUCGUGUCGAGCUGUUAGCCAAGAAGAUCACAGAGCUGGGAUACUCAUGUUUCUACUCUCAUGCGAAGAUGCUCCAGCAGCAUCGCAACCGCGUCUUUCACGACUUCCGAAACGGCGCGAUGCGCAACUUAGUCUGUUCUGAUCUUCUCACCCGUGGUAUCGACAUUCAAGCUGUGAAUGUCGUCAUCAACUUUGAUUUCCCCAAGAACGCGGAAACCUAUCUUCAUCGUAUUGGUCGUUCUGGACGUUUUGGUCAUCUUGGUCUGGCCAUCAAUCUGAUCAAUUGGGAAGAUCGUUUCAAUCUAUACCGUAUUGAGCAGGAACUCGGUACUGAAAUUCAGCCCAUCCCUGGCACCAUCGACAAAAAGCUUUAUGUGUACGAUGCGCCAGAGAACAUUCCACGACCAAUCAACACAGCUCCACAGCAGCAGCAGUCGCAACAGCCAGGAAGACAGCAAGGCAGCGGACAGGAUCUUCUCAACCCAGCGAACCGCACUGGAGGUUAUCGCGGAGGUCGUGGUGGAGGAGGAGGAGGAGGUCAUGGUCGCGGUCGCGGUGGGCCACGCAACGAUCAGAAUGGUUUUCAGGGCCAGCAGAGACCAGGUGGCUUUCAGCAGCGACCUCCACAGCAGCAGCAGAUGGCGUCAGCCGGUCCCCCUGUAGCUCAGGCAUAGACGUCCUGAGCUUCGAAUUGACCAAUCUAGCGCAAUCUGUAGGAGUAUGAAAGGCGUUUGAGGGGGGGAAAUAGCAUGCUGUAUGUUGGCCGGCGCGCCGACAGGAGUUUUUUUAAGGGCACGACUUGAUGACACCGGUUCUUAUGCUCCGGUCUGACGUUACCAUGAGCGGUCGUUGGAAGGCCUCGAUAAUAUGGCUAUCCGACAACUGCAGCGCUAUCCACUUUCAUCGGCGCGACUCUCGACACCUCGAUCAACCAGCACGACUUCUGACCCAGCGCUGGUCUUUUUUUUUCUCACUUACACCACAAAAAGCCGAUACCCACACUGUGUAUGGUACCAUCACAGCGACUUUCCUGGUUCAGCCGACCCACUGAAUCACUUGCAAACACUGGAAGUAGCAUCUGCCUUUGCGAUCCUGCUGCUCUAAAUCCAGACGAACGCCAAUCCGCAAACAAGCAUACAGCCACUGGACGAUGCUGCCUUGACUGCACACUAUAUGAGCGCAGCUUUCUUGGCUCGUUUGACCACGUUGAUCACAUCUUCUUCACUCUUUCAGAUGAUGCCUGAUCAGUUCAGACGGUGUGUGUCUCAUAGAACUCAUGCCCCCAAUCAUCAACAUACCACCAUUCACGUUGAGACAAGAAGAGCCAGGAUGAGAUGGAAUGGAAUGAGGCAACAGACACACUUUCUGAAAGAAGAAAACUUAAUUAAAGCAUUUUGGGAGGACAGUAGCGAGAGCCAAGGUUACCGAAAGGGUUCAAAAUGAC